AUGCAACCUUCCAGACGCGGCCGUCCAAACCGCCAAACAUCCACGUCAGGACUACCACGAGGCGCGCACACACCGCGGUCCCGCGGUGACUCCAUGCCAUCCUCCAUCUACAAUUCCGAGGCCAACUUCCAUGUCUCGGAUUACCGGGGACGAGGACGAGGGCGAGGACGAGGUAGAGGCAGGGGCCGUGGUGGACCGAACUUCAGAUCGAACCUAGACUAUCCUCCCGUUCCAUCCUUCGCUUCUCUCAGCCCCGGUACAGCUGUUUCCAUCAUCCUCAAACAAGACCAGCCCACGGGACACCAAGUCCGGGGUAUUGUAGCAGACUUGCUGACGCGUGGCGAUCAUCCUCGGGGUGUGAAAGUAAGGUUAAGGGAUGGAAGGGUUGGUAGGGUACAAAAACUUGUCUCUGAGAGCGAAGGAACGCAGGGUGAGGCUGUUGUUGGUGGCGCUGGUGCGGGGCUAGGUAGGGAUGGUGAAGGUGGGGAAAAUGGUGUAGAGAUGAGACCGGGGAGGAUGGUUGGUGGGAGAAUAGAGAGGGAUAUUAGGGAUGAGGACGAGUAUCUUUAUGAUGAGAGGAGGAGACAGCCUGCGGAUGUGGGAAUAUUUGCUGCGCUGGAAGAGGCGGAUCGGAGACAUCAGGAAACUGGGAGUGGAGAGUUGAGGAAGCCUCAGGUUGCGAUAUGUCCGGUGUGUGAAGAUUUUGAGGGAGAUGAGGCAGCUGUUGCACAUCAUGUUGAGGAGCAUUUUGGGGGAUGA